AGGAGGGUUUCUCUCCAGGAACAGGGUUGGAGUUAAAACCUACAGGAGGGAAGCUCUCUAGGAACAUGGCUGGACAGCCCUGCUUUAGCCUAUAGACUAUGGAUAAUUUGAUUGACAUCACACUAAAUGGCCUAUAGUCACACUUGAUAUUGUGGUCCAGCAGAGAAUCAGAGAUGAGGGGCGGCAUCAGGCACACAUUGAUAUGUAGCCAAUCAGUGUUCAGGGUUCCAACCACCCAGUUUAUAAAGUCUAAUAAGCAAGUAAUUGUCAAACACUGAGAAAUAUUGACAUGUCAUCAAUUACAAAUGGCAUGACCCUCUUCUGGACUAUAUUAAAACAAUACUCAACCCUCCCCUUGACUGAAAUGGAAACAGCACAACCCUCAUUUUCCUCCAGGACGACUUGAAUUAAGUCUGAGGCCGGUAACAUCAACAGUGAGGACAAACCCAGCCUGCCACUCUCCUUCCACACUGAGUAGAAACCUACAGUCACUGGGUCCUGAUUGUGACAGUGGAGCCCAGUUUGCUCUGCAGGAUCCAGAGAUGGCAUCAGUGAAGCUGGAAGACUGCAGUCAAACACUGGAGCUGAAUGUCAACCUUAAAGAUGAAGAAGAGGAGGAGAAGAUUGGGAAAUCUGUUAGUCAUGGAGACCGUGUUGAGACAUUCUCUACAUCCAGAGAGCAACAGCAGGAAGAUCAUAGAGCUAAGAGAUCUCAUCACUGCCCACAUUGUGAGGAGAAUUUUCCAAUUCUAUCAAAGCUAAAAGUACACUUAAAAAUACACACAGGAGACAAUCUGUAUUCCUGUACUGACUGUAGCAAGAGAUUCACAACAUCAAGGGCUCUGACACUUCAUCAGAGAGUGCACACUGGAGAGAAGCCUUACUCCUGCUCGUACUGUGGAAAAUGCUUCACAACAUCGUCUGAGUUAACAGUUCAUCAGAGAACACACACUGGAGAAAAGCCUUAUAUCUGCUCUGACUGUGGGAAGAGUUUUUCUCACCUGUGUAACUUUAAAGCACACCAACGUAUACAUGCAGGAGAGAAGCCUUACUCCUGCUCAGACUGUGGGAAGAGUUUCUCUCAACAGAACCAUUUAAAAUCGCACCAACGUAUACACACAGGAGAGAAGCCUUACUUCUGCUCUGACUGUAGGAAGAGUUUUUCUCACCUGUGUAACUUUAAAGCACACCAACGUAUACAUGCAGGAGAGAAGCCUUACUCCUGCUCUGACUGUGGGAAGAGUUUCUCUCAACAGAACCAUUUAAAAUCACACCAACGUAUACACACAGGAGAGAAGCCUUACUACUGCUCUGACUGUGGGAAGAGUUUCUCUCGAUUGGAUACUUUAAAAUCACAUGAACAUAUACAUACAGGAAAGAAGCGUUACUACUGCUCCGACUGUAGGAAGAGUUUCUCCCACCAGGGUAGCUUAAAAAAACACCAAUGUAUACACACAGGAGAGAAGCCUUACUCCUGCUGUGACUGUGGAAAAAGCUUCACAGCAUCAUUUGAUCUAAAAGUUCAUCUGAGAACACACACUGGAGAGAAGCCUUACAUCUGCUCUGACUGUGGGAAGAGUUUCUCUCAACAGAACCAUUUAAAAACACAUCAACGUAUACACACAGGAGAGAAGCCUUACUCCUGCUCUGUCUGUGGGAAGAGUUUCUCUCAAGAGAGCAACUUAAAAACACACGAACGUAUGCAUAAAGGAGAGAAGCCUUACUACUGCUCUGUCUGCGGGAAGAGUUUCUCUCAACAGAGCAAUUUAAAAACACACCAACGUAUACAUAAAGGACAGAUGCCUCAUCAGUUCUCUCAGACCAGCUAAGAUUAAAAUCACUCCCAUCACUCAAUUUUCAUCUCAUUGCUUGACUUGGACUGAAAUAGGUGCCGGUACUGUUUUGUAUUUAGCUUCCACAACAUACAUCAUUCAUAAGUAAAUGAUCUGCUAUAGAAUAUAAAUUGGUAUGUGUUAUUCACUGACAUGUGGACUUAAACUUCAUUGUGUUCUGUGACAUUUUAAUCACUGCGUUGUAGAGAUGAUAUCUUUAUCUAUGUAUGUUGCUAUUGUGAGGUUAACACACGUCUAGCAGAUUUAAUUAGUCUGUCAUAGGUUGUUAUUCUAUUCGUAUUAUUCAUCGGUUCUGCCCCACAAAGGAAAAUGUCAAUAAACUCAAUGAUGCACUU